AUGUCCUCGACUCGACGAACAACAAUUCCCGACCGGCCCAAGCCCAAUGUACAUGUACCAUGUAGCAAUAUAUUCUUCUACGGCAUAGGUGCGGGAAUCAUGGGCGUAGCAGCCAUGACCAUCUCGGAAAAGCUCGUACAAUUCUUCACCGGCCGCCCCAACUCGCUCGUGCCGGGAUACACCAUGCAGCGCCUCUUCGGCAUGUCCCCCCGGCCCGAGAGUGAGAUGUUCCCGCUAAACAUGUCCAUGUAA